AUGGGCCGGAGAAGUGGUGCCUUUGGGGCCUUUGCUGCAGCAGCGACCACGCCAGGGAAGACGGGGGCCUUCUCCCGCUUCGCUGACGAGGCUCCUGGCGAUGCUCCGAAAAGGACGCCAGCGCGGACCAAGGGGAACAGUCCGGCACCAGAGCUCUCGUUGGACGAAGUGCGGCGUCUUCUGGAGGAGCUCCGGACCGUUUCCAACAGUGCGAAGUUCCAGAAGGACUUAGCGGAGCUUCGGAGAAUGGACUGGGGGGCCUUCAAAAAACGGGAGGCCGUAGCGAAGCUGCUAUCCAUCUUUUGGAAGGCAACUCUUAGAAAGCACGGCUUCAGCAUCGACGGUGCGGGCUUCCCUAACCUUCUUCAAGUCGUCAAGUUGGGGUGGGGAGCUCUUCGGAAAGUGCCGCUGUCCGGCCUGCAACCUUCUUGGCUCCCCAGCUCCCGCCAACGGGGUCAAGCUCCGUUAAGGGCAGCGCUGCUCAUGGUGCGCCAAAGAGCGCCGCCAAUCUUGAGACUACUCGUCGUUCUGGUCGGACUGGCGAAGAGCCAUGAGGCCGAGGACGGACUUGAAGGCAGCCAGUGGUAUAGCAAGAUACCUGAGAUCGUGGUCUUGGACCCAUCUAUGAGCUCGAAAGAGCUCAAGGCAAAGCUGUCGGAGGUGAAAGAAGCGACGUCCCAUUUUGGACCUGCAAGACGCGCGGUCUUGCUCAAACCCGGGGUCUACCCGGAUGACAUGUGGAUCGAAAUAGGCUACUACACCAGCAUCGCUGGGGUCGGCAGAGGUCCUGAAUCUGUUGUAGUCCCGGAUGCAUGGGUUAGCAAUGACAUCACAGAUCAAGCAACGAACAACUUCUGGCGCUCGCUGGAAGGAGUCACUGUGACAGCUGGACGCACCAUGUGGGCGGUCUCACAGGCAGCACCGCUUCGAAGGGCAAUCAUCAAGUAUGAGCUCUGGCUCUCUCACAAGGCGGGAUACUCCAGCGGUGGCUUCAUGAGCGACGUGGAGGUGAACGGGAAGCUGGUCAUGGGCACCCAGCAGCAGUGGUAUGCACGGCAGGUGUCCCUGCCGCCGGAAGGACUUUACUGCACCGGCGGCUGGAACUACAUUUUCCAGGGUGCUGUCGGACUUGACAAGAAGGACAUGCACGCUUGCGAUGGAGGCAUGACCGACAAGAUCUCGCAGGUGUCGGGCAUACCAAGAUCUGCCGAGAAGCCAUACAUUGUCUUCGAGGAGACAUCCGAAUGGAAGAUCUACGUGCCGAAGAUGCUGAAAAAUCCAGCUCCUGGUGCGAUUGGCAAGGACCGCGAAUCACACAUUGAUCGCGUGCUCUACAUUGAUUCCGACGUGUUCAUUGCCACUCCGGACAUGUCGGCUUCGCAGAUCAAUCGUGGCAUGGCGACGAAGGAGGGCAUGUUGCUGACACCCGGGAUCUACCGUCUGGACGAGCCUCUGGUGAUCGCUUCCAGUGGUUUCGUGCUCCUUGGGAUAGGCUUCCCCACCUUGGUGUCACCACCUGGACGAUCUUGUCUGCAGGUGACCGACUUUUUGACGGAUGUGAGGAUCGCGGGCAUCAUGCUGGAUGCGGCCACUCCGGUCCUCGGCUUCUAUGCGGAGCCGCUGCUGCAAUGGGGAAGCCGGGGCGAGACUGACGCAAGAUCGGCGGAAGCAAGUACCGGAGUCGCAUCUGACAUUUUUGCACGUAUUGGAGCCUUUGGAUAUCUGGGCUGUCAACCCGUCAGAGCCAACACGCUUAUGGAAUUCAAUUCCGACAAUUUGAUCAUCGACAAUGUUUGGGCCUGGCACGCCGAUCAUGACGACUGCUCCAAUUUCACGAUGACGCCGAACAACAACGAGAAAGAACCCAUGUUCCAGCACAAGUUCAAGUCAGACAAGUGCUGGAGCCAACAUGGCGUUGUCGUGAAUGGGCGCAACAUUAUCGCUUUUGGCGUUGCCGUAGAGCAUAUUGUCGAUGGACAUCUUCUAGUCUGGAAUGGCGAGGAUGGACAGCUGUACUUCUUCCAAGCGGAGCUACCGUACCAUUCGCGGCUGAAUCUCGAGAGCAGAUAUGCUGCGUAUGUCGUACCUCCGCAAGUCUUCAACCACUUCGGAGUGGGCAUCGGCGUUUACAUCAUUGAUGCACAUCCGGCCUAUGCCGCCCUUGAGAUAUCGGCCUUUACCGACAUCAGAAAGGUGCUGACCGUUGUCAUCAGCAAACAGAACCAGCUCUUUCGUCACCAGGUCUGUCAAGUCAUGCUCGAUGGCUCAAGGAUAUGUCAUCAGCCAGCACAUUGCCAGUGGGCACGGUGCUACUUGGCAACCCUUCCCCACGGCGACGUGGAAUUUUACACGAGUGGCCGCAUCCGCCCUAUGGUGUUGCCAGAUGUUCAUCUCCUGCCGCAGCCGGAAAUCAAGCAGCGUCUCAUCCUGGAUGCGGAGAAGAGAAAGGAAGUUUCCGUGAACUUCCAAGACACAGAGGCUGAAACUAAGUUCGCGAUCAAAAACGCCCAGGACCGCCAUUCCGGGCCAAACCAAAGGUUUGCUUCGCUUGCGAUGGCGGUGAGUUUGCCGCUGGGUGCAGCAGCACUGCUGCUUCUCGCGGUCAGGGCGACGUUCAUUUUCCUGCGAAGCUCGCCCCUCGUGGCCCUCGGGCUCAGGAAUUACAAGUUCUGCCAGCCGCAGUUGGCCGGCGAUGGAAUGUUUGGGAGCAUGGGCACCAACCUGGCAUCCGACUGGUCUCCCAUGAGGAUUGCAGCUUGUAAGUGCGGCCAGGUGGAGCGCCAGCUGCGCAUGGCCAGCACGAAUGGUGAGGGCAAGAGCUGGAAGCAAGAAGAGAUCGAAACCAGCCGAAAAAUCCUUGAGAAUCCGUCGCCUGCUCCGACCUCGACAAAGAACCGGCAGGAAGCGUUUCCUCGACAGAUUCGUGGACGGCCCAUGUUCUUAGGCGAGGCGAAGGAGAUCCUCAAGGCCUUCAAGGAGUCGUUGCUCACGCCGGCCGUCGUCAGGACCAUGCAAAACAUCGAGCAGCGCGGUGGGAUGCACAUGGAGCAGCAUCGCCGGGUGUUGAUCACGCAGGAGUGGAACCCCAUCAUGAAAAGGUUCGACUUUCCCACCACCGAGGAUGGGUACACCGCCAUGAAGUCUGGCAUUAGGGAGUUUGCGGACAACGACUACGUGCGCUCUUGUUGCCACGAGGUCGAGCAUCUCUGCGGCGCUCCAGCUGGAGCCUACUUCGGCGUCCCCACAGCCGAGGAGUGGGCGGCUCGGAAGGCUGCCGAGGCGGAAGCUGCCCGAGCCGAGGAGAGGCGGAAAGAAGAGGAAGCCGAAGCCAAGAGAAAGGCCGAAGAGUCCCGGAAGGCCGAGGAGAGGAGGAAAGCUGAGGAAGCGAAGAGGCACGCCGAAGCGAAGAAGGCUGAGGAGGACCGACAGAGAGCAGAGGCAGAAGCGAAGCGGAAAGCAGAAGCUGCAGCUGAAGCUCAGAAACAUGCAGAGGAAGAAGCGAAGCUGAAAGCUGAAGCUGAAGCUCAGAAACACGCAGAGGAAGAAGCGAAGCGGAAAGCAGAAGCUGAAGCUGAAGCUCAGAAACACGCAGAGGAAGAAGCGAAGCGGAAAGCAGAAGCUGAAGCUGAAGCUCAGAAACGUGCGGAGGAAGAAGCCAGAUCGAACCUGGAGGCUGAAUCCAGGAGAAGAGCAGAAGAAGAGUCGCAGAAAGCAGAAGCCGAACAGACGGAACAGCCGGAGCUGAGCCGGACAGAGGUUCCAAAGAGUGCCGAGGACGGUCAAGCUCAAGUUCAAGCUCAGCAAGCAGAGCUGGAUGGUCAGGAUCUAAGGACUGAGUCGAGCUGCGAACCUGCAGUUCAAGGUCAAGUUGAUGAGCUGGAGAGGCUCGCAGAGGAGGCGCGGCAGAGAGCUGCCAGACUGAGACGAGCAGACGAAGCACGGCCUGAUUCACCACGGAACGAGCCAGAAUCAGGCAGGGACACCGCCGGCGAUCCUGCAGAGAAGGCAGAAGAAGCUGAAGCAGGCAAAUCGCAGCAGGAAGAGGAAAGCCAUGUCCGGGAUGCAGCAAAGCCUGUAAGUCCUGACUCGGCACAGGACUCGCAAGCGAAAGGGUCGAAUUUCAAAGAGGAGAGCCAUAGCAAUUUUUUCCACGAAGAGCCUCAUUGCUUUGAUGUUGCUCACCAGGUGCCAUUGUGGGAGCAGCCUUCAAAAGAGUCCAGACUUGUCGGGGCUGCCAGCAAAGGCGCACAACUACUGGGAGCAAUACAGGAAAGUACAGGGGGCCAGCAAUGGCUCCAUGUUUCGUCUCGAAGCUGCCACGCCCUGGGUGCUCUGGCUGACUCGGCUUGGGCAUUGAUAAACGAGCUCAACCUCGUGCCGGCUGUAGAACGCCAGCCACAGGCUUUGGGCUAUGCAGGACGAUAUGAAGUCGCACAUGGAAAGGUGGCAGUCAGGGCUUCUCCUUCUUUGAAGGGCAAGAUUAUUGGAGUGGUGCAUGAAGGCCGGAUACUCAUGGGAACACCCCAUAAAGUUGGUGGCUACGCAUGGCUCCGUUUUGAGGAGAGUUCCAGGAAGAAGCUCGCAGACAUUGGAGAGGAGGCCUGGGCGCUGAUUGACGGAGAGCCUCUGGGACUCCAGGAGCUUCUCCGACCACUCGACAAUGACGGCCGCAAGACGCUAGAGUCCUUCCAUGCGAAGCAGGUUGAGCCUGAAGAAGCUUCGCAAGCCGAUCUCACCGUCGAAGGCCCCGCAGAGAAGCAGGAGAAGACGGACGGCGCGACUGAAGGCAAGCAUGAAGCGAAAGACUGCAAAAAGGAUUCGAAGAAGGAACCGGACGCCAAGCAUGACGUUAAGGAGGCCACAACAACGGCGAUAUCCGACCCAGCGAAGGUGGAAUCACGCAUGAAGGCAGCUCAGCAAGCUCGCGACGUACUCUCUGGACCCAUUGAGUACAAAGUCCUUGCCCAAGACCAUGCUGCCCCGGUGAGACAAGAGCCACUGGUGCAGUCGCCUGAAGUGGGCAAGCUUGAGAGAGGUCGCUUGGUUCUCGGAUAUCCCGGCGGAGGCUGGUUGCAGCUCGCUGCAGUCGACGACGUUGAGAAGAAGAUGCAUGGAUGUUGGGUCUUCAUCGGCACCCGUUUGUCUGCUCAGUGGGCGGAGCUGAACAUUACCGGUGAGUUUCAGGGAGCCCUCGAGCUUUCCUGGCUUGGCCUCCGGAAGGAGAAGCGCGUGGCCUACAACGUGGAGUGGCGCACUCCUGAGGGCACUCCAAAUCCCAAGAAGGGCCACAAGAUCUCGGCGGCGAAUAAGGUGUUGGUGAGCGGCCUUCCACAAGGGUGCGAGCUGAGCUUUCGAGUCGGAGCCCGGGUUGCUGCGGACGGAGACCAGGAUGACAAGGAUGUUCGCUUGUGGGGCUCCUGGACGCAGCUCCUCACCGGCCAGUUCUCGUGA